CUAUGUUGUUCUCUCUUUAAUUUUACCUACCAUUACCCUUUUCUACUUAAUCUCUCAUUGCUUACUUAUAUUGUAAGUGUGACCAAGUAAACCAAGUACAGAAGCUCAAUGCCCAAGAUGGAGGCCAGCAGCAGCACCUCCCAUGACCCGGCAUUGUUCCAUGCUCCCUUGCUACACCACCCUCGGAGAAGGAGCAGCAGACCCUUAAAGGGUUUCGCAGUGAUAAUUGGGUCCGUCGUUUUCCUACUCUCACUGGUCAUAUUAAUCGUUAACCAAAGCCCGGAGCCAUUAGCAAGUAACCCCAGUAGUGUAACGGAGGCAGGGUCGUAUUCAAUGGCGGCGCAGCCAAGAGGGAUAGCUGAAGGUGUUUCAGCCAAGUCAAACCCAUCACUUUUUGACAAAGUUGGGUUUAAUUGGACAAACGCUAUGUUUUACUGGCAAAGAACUGCCUACCACUUUCAGCCUCAAAAGAAUUGGAUGAAUGAUCCUGACGGUCCGUUAUAUCACAAGGGAUGGUACCAUCUUUUCUAUCAAUACAACCCCGAUUCAGCCAUAUGGGGCAACAUCACUUGGGGCCACGCUGUAUCAAAGGACCUCAUUCACUGGUUCUAUCUUCCACUCGCCAUGGUCCCUGAUCAAUGGUACGAUAUCAACGGUUGUUGGACGGGGUCGGCCACUCUCCUGCCAGAUGGCCGAAUCGUAAUGCUUUACACCGGCAGCACCAAUGACUCCGUGCAAGUCCAAAACCUUGCAUAUCCCGCCAACCUAUCUGAUCCCCUCCUCCUUCAGUGGUUAAAAUACCCGGGUAACCCGGUUGUUGUUCCCCCAACCGGGAUCGAAGACGAAGAGUUCCGAGACCCGACAACAGCUUGGCUUGGACCCGAUGGUUCCUGGCGGAUUGCUGUUGGUACAAGGUUUAAUACCACCAUAGGAACAGCCCUUGUUUUUCAAACGACAAACUUUUCUGACUAUGAAUUAUUGGAUGGGGUCUUACAUGCUGUUCCGGGUACGGGUAUGUGGGAAUGUGUAGAUUUUUACCCCGUUGCAAUAAACGGGUCGGUCGGACUGGACACGACGGCACUUGGGCCUGGAAUUAAGCAUGUCCUGAAGGCUAGUUUGGAUGAUACGAAAGUUGAUCAUUAUGCAAUAGGGACCUACGACAUGAUAACGGAUAAAUGGACACCUGAUAACCCGGAAGAAGAUGUAGGCAUCGGGUUGAAAGUGGAUUAUGGGAGAUACUAUGCCUCCAAGACAUUUUUUGAUCAGAGUAAACAAAGGAGGAUUCUUUAUGGUUGGGUUAAUGAAACUGAUUCUGAAGCUGAUGACCUCGAAAAAGGAUGGGCUUCCAUUCAGACAAUUCCCAGGAGUGUGUUGUAUGACAACAAGACCGGAACCCAUUUACUACAGUGGCCUGUGGAAGAAGUGGAGAGCUUGAGACUGAAUGCUACAGUGUUUAAGGAUGUUGUAGUUGAAGCAGGAUCAGUUGUGCCCCUCGACAUAGGCACCGCUACUCAGUUGGAUAUAUUAGCAGAGUUUGAAAUAGAGACGUUGGUAUUGAACAGCACGGAGGAUGAAGUCAGUGAUUGCGGUGAUGGGGCGGUUGAUAGGAGCACUUACGGGCCAUUUGGGGUCCUGGUUAUUGCUGAUGAUUCACUUUCUGAGCUCACUCCUAUAUAUUUCCGUCCACUUAAUACAUCCGAUGGGAGUCUUGAAACUUACUUUUGCGCUGACGAAACAAGGUCUUCUAAAGCUCCCGAUGUCACGAAACGAGUGUAUGGAGGCAAAAUUCCAGUCCUUGACGAUGAAAACUACAAUAUGAGGGUAUUGGUGGAUCAUUCAGUAGUGGAAAGUUUUGGAGAAGGAGGGAGGACGGUGAUAACAUCAAGAGUGUAUCCAACGGAAGCCAUAUAUGGAGCAGCACGGCUGUUCUUGUUCAACAAUGCAAGUGGAGUGAAUGUGAAGGCCACACUCAAAAUAUGGGAGAUGAAUUCUGCCUUUAUUCGUCCUUUCCCAUUUGAAGAAACAUUAUUUCAGGAAAUGGUUGCUUCCACAUGAUUAUCAUUUGGGAAGGGUGGAUGCCCCCAGUCUACAAAACAUAUUAGUAUUAUGUUUUCAGUGCAUAAUUUUUUUUAUUUGUUGGGCAUAUCCAUUCAUUUUGUUUUGUCGCCUGGUAUUUGGUUGAGAAUAAAUCGAUAAAAUUUUGAGAUUCUUAUA